ACACACAAGCCACUGAUGACAAAGCCCCAGCAGAGAUAUACACUGAAUAUACACAUGAUGCAUACAAACGCAUGCCUGAACACACAAUCAAUGUUGCUGGAAAAGAUAUUGUUUUUCUUGUGGAUUCUGGUGCGACUGAUUCUGUCAUCAGAGACUCAGAAUUUGCAGUCCUUCCAAAGAUGAGUGGCAGAUUUGUGAGGACAGUGGGAGUUUCAGGAACGCCCCUGGUGGAAAGGUAUACCACACCAUUGCCAUGCAGUGAAGAAAUUGAGAAACACUUUAAACAUUCAUUCUUGUUAUCUAAACGAUGCCCGAUCAACAUUAUCGGAAGAGAUAUGAUGAUAAGAUUAGGAAUUAUUCUGAUUUCCACUCCCGAAGGCAUCAUUGUAGCCAGAAUUUCUGACACUGCAUCGCAAUAUGUGAAACACAGUAGCAGGGAGCUGAUGUACUCUUAUCAAUGGAAACUGCCUCACACAGCUGCUGGCUCUGUAAAUAACACUCUGAUUGCUGAGGUCAGAGCUCUCUUUCCAGACAACUAUACACGAAUAGACAUCAAGUUGCCACAAGAGUUACACUGCACAUCACAUGUACAUCUUGGGGUUGAUAAACAUUUUGAGGACACAUGGUUCAGGCAAGACAAAGAGAGAAACACACUAAAGCUGACCUGGUUGUACUGGAAUGAUAAAAGAUGCACUGUCUCAGUAGCUUUCAAUGAUCCACUGUGUGAAGCUUUGUUUCAGGUCCCUAACACAUAUCCUCAUGUCCCCCUGGUCAAAGCAAAGCAGGAUACAUGGGAAUGCUUGGGCCCUUGGACCAGGCGUUGUGAGGAAGCUGCUGGCUGGGUAAAGACAUCAGACUCAGGGGUGGAUUUUCACAACCAACUUCAGAGCAGGAGUGAUUAUUCCAUGCGCAAAUUCUCCAGUCCGAACACCUAUUUUCCCGGUACGGAAACUCCGGGACGCCGGAGAACCACAACAUUGGAGAUUCGUGCAGGACCUGCAGGCGCAUCCCAGUGGAUCCUGACAGCCAGUAUUGGUUUGCGUUCUCUUUUGAAGGUGAAGGAAGCCAUUCCAAAGGCUGCAGAGAGGAAACUGCAUGACUUGGAGCCUGGUGAUUGGAUCGUGGUGAAGGAUUUCAGACGGAAGAACUGGCGGGCUCGCAGGUGGAAUGGUCCCUACCAGAUCUUGCUCACCACUGAAACAGCUGUAAAAGUGGCAGAGAGAGCUACGUGGAUCCACGCCACCCACUGCAAACGAGUACCCGAGCCGGGGCCAGCAGCCAAACACCAGACAAGUGAGAUCGAGAUCAGUGAGUGAACUGAUUCCUUCCUCCCCUUGUGCAUUCAGGGGGUUGGAGGGGAGUGGCGGUCCCGUGGGGGAGUUUCUCUGAGCACAGAGGUUCCACUGGGACCACCUAGAACCACUACCCUCCCGAACCAACAUCACGGGCACACUGAUUAGGGGGUAGGCAAAGGUGACACAACUGAUAAGAUGACACUUGAGACCAGAGAAAGAUGGCGAAGGAGGGGUGACAGACCGGGAGGCCACGGAGACGGGGUGUUGCUCGCUGUCAUCGUUGUCCUGUCAUCAAUCUCACUAAUGGAAACAUUCAAAUCACAACUAACCAAAGAAGAAGGAGGGGUCAAAAGGGAGGUGCCACUCAUCUUCCCCAACAUCCCAGCUCAGCUGGAAGACAACGCAUGGUAUGCAACUAUACUGACUAUUGCCAGAAAAGUGACUAACCAGAGCUGCUACGCCUGUGUGCAGCUCCCCCAUGGGGUGGGGGACUCCAUCCCAGUGAAACCCACGCCAUUAAAUGUCUCUGAGACCCUAGGAGUCAUGGUGGCAUUCACCCGAGGGGUUACUCUGCAGAACAGAACAGUGAGAGACAUGGGAGCUGCACUCAAGCUAUGUAACAUCAGCAUCACCAACUACGACGGCUCCACAGCCAGGUUUUGGAACAUGAGCCAAAUAACCCAGCAAGGAAUUCAUCGGCCCAUCAUGACUACCAAUCCAACGUCCCAGGCCGGUACGGUUGGAUUCACCAGACAGUGCUACACGUCUAGAGACCACUUCCUGGGGACUUCAGCAUGCAAACAGAUUGUCACUACAACAUGCGGCACCGGGUGGAGCAGGGGAGGUCGAAGCGAAUGCAGAGGACCUCAGCCAUACAUCGCUCAGCUGAAUCUGACUGACACCACCAGCUUACACCGCCCAGGAAGCGACAAUCCCAUCGUCCUGAUGCCUACGGAGGAUGGAUUUGGAUCUCUAAGAGAGCACGUGUGGGUGUGUGGACAGCAUGUUUAUCAAUCCCUCAGACCGGGGUGGUGUGGCACCUGCUACCUUGCUAAGCUGAUAACAUCUGUGAACAUUCUACCCACCAUCACUCAUUUUCACACCCACUAUGCUCACUAUUACUUACCACACAGAGCACGGCGAUCCACUACGAGAGUGUCACAAGGGGAGAAAGGAAUCAGUGGCAUCCUCCCCUGGUGGGGGACUGUGAAUAAUGCACACAAGAUAGAUCACCUGGCCAUAGAUCUUGAGAACUUGACGGCACUGGUAGAGGUAGGGUUUUCCACUCUCACUCCUACCAUGCAGGGGAUCAAAAAUGUGGCCCUGCAGAACAGAAUGGCUUUGGACUUGAUGCUGGCUAGUCAAGGAGGAGUUUGUCAUAUUAUUGGGACUGAUUGCUGCACCUAUGUUCCAGACAUCACAGACAAUAUGACUCAUGUUGUUUCCCAUCUGAACGACCUACUGCAUGAGGAGAAAAGCCUAGACUCCCAGAGUGUGGGAGGAUGGGAUAUGUGGUCAUGGCUGACUAUGGGAGGAUGGAAGAAUGUGUUGAUGAAAAUGUUGGCACCUGUGCUCCUAGUUAUUGUGCUCUUCCUCCUUUUGACCUGCUGUGUAAUUCCCUGUUUCAGAUCAAUGAUUGCUACAGCAAUUAAAUCAUCUAUGGGUCAGUAUCUGAAUAUACCAAUAGAAACAUCCAGCUCUGUUGAAUGGAUUCCACCGUUUGACAAUGAGAUGAUUUGAGGAGAAUAAAAUUGCAUAUAACCACACUGGAUUUUGAAGUAUGAUGUGAGUUUAGAAUAAAAUGUUCAUGUAUGCUCAUAUAUUGCUGCUAGAGCUAUUUACCUAAUGGUUAAAGUUAUAAUAACAAUAAGAG